AUGAAGAGUUCUAAUAAUAGCAAUUCGAAAAACAAUAAUUUCAUGAAAAAUCAAAAUUAAAGAAUUAUAGUUGUAUCCAACUAAUCCAAAAUUUAAUCAUUAAAGCAAACGCAAACCCAAUAAUUAAUUUUUCAUUAAUAAAGUGAAACUGAAAGAUCAGCAAUAAAAGCUGAAAAUGAUCAAUUAAAAUAAUGGUUGCAAAGGUUUUAAUAAGAAAGUGAAGCUGAAGGAACAGUAUCAGAAAACGAGCAAUUGAAAAAUAGGCUUCAAGUGUAUUAAUCAGAAAUAGAACAAAAAAAUACCAUUACAAAUUUGAAAUUGAAAAAAAUUCAUUAUAUUUUUAUGAUUGAGGAUUCUAAAUCUUUGAAGGGAGAUGUUUGGGAAUACUGA